UUGCGGCUUGUCGUUGUUUCUCUGGUCGCUUCCUGGUUGCUGGUGGUUGUUGGUCUGGACCUGGUCUGGCCUGGCCUCUCUCUCUCUCCCAAGUCUCCUUCCGCCUUGCUUUCUUUUGUGUUUGUAUCCUUCCCUACGUAUCUGUACCGUUCCUUCCUCUACCUUGGGUCAUUGUGUAAGGUACAUACACACCGAGGUACUCUCGCUCGCCUUUCCUUCCUCUAUCGUCGUUGUUGUCCAUUCCUCCUUCUUUCAACCACUUACUGGCGUGUAAUUACCUACCAGACGGCCACGGAGGACGGAAAUACUAUCUCAAAUUCCUCAUUCCUCCUUUCCGUUCACGAGACCUCGAAUAAUACACCUUGUACGAAUAAUCCAACACCUCAAGGCGACAGACAAUCAUACGAACCAGCGGCCGCUGCACGAGAACGAGCGCAUCCUCCGAGUCUCCGGCCUCCUUCCUGCGAUUCACGAAUCACCAACUCGGCCCUGUGUUUCUGUUUGUGCGUCGAAGCGCAUUCGCAUUCCACCCUCUCUUCCUCGAGUCUCUUCAAGGUAGCCCGCGACCUGCCUUCGACUUUCCUAUUCUCGCACAAGGUCUCAACUUUCGGUAACCUGUGGUCUUGGUCUUGGACUAUGCCCGUUGGACGCUUGUGCUUGCCUCUGCGUUUCUGUCUCUAUUGAGCGAACCCUGUGAGAGGUGUCUGGUUGCAAAACACUGCCGCCCUCACCACCGCCGCCGCCGCUUGCCAUUGCUUCUUUAUGGCGUCAAAACGUACGUUCCACUCCCACAUGCACCCUGAGCUCAUCUUUUUUGCCUUUUUUCCUCCGAGCGUCAGACCCGACCCAGCGUGCCACCCUGUGAGCUGAGUUGGUCCCUGGAUCUCACGGACCCGCGAGGGCCCUUUACGGAAUCCAGUAUAGCACCACUCGAGUGUCCAUGACCUCGUCCCGAGUUUGGUGCCUACCUACCUUACGUUGCCUACCUCACCUCGGGGCUUUGACACACACAAACAAACGCGCCGCUUCUUAGCCCGUCUCUUGUCUCUUUUACUACUGCCCUACUUCCCGCUCCGAGCCUCAUUCCUUCCUCCACUGGGCCGCACACCAAUCUAGUCCGACUGCAUCUUGUUGUGUCUCGCCAGAAAGCUGACCGAAUGCCUCCGCGACCAGUCACUCCAGCGAGCAACACCCGCUGCCCGCAGCUGUAAUCGAAUACACGCGAGACCGGCCAUGGAGGCCACCGAAUCGCGGUCCUCGCACGAUGGACUCGCCUUCAGUGUGCGCUCUCCGCAACGCGACCAGACUCCGCGCAGCCCGCUGAGUCCCAGAAGCCCAGUCGCCCCCCGCGACUCGAGAUCAGGAAGGUCGCCGAAACUCGCAACCGGAGGAAAGGAACCCCAGAGUGCCAUGACUGCUGGUUCUGGAGGAAAAUGGAUAAACAAGAUGCGCCAGCCAGGACCCUCAACAAAACCACUACUACCAGCCACAGAAAGGAUAUCCGAGGAGGAAAGGAAUCAGGUCCCGAUACGCCGCAUGAGAGCUGAUAGCUCUGCCGAUGACAAGUUUGAAAUCGCCCCCGAUGGAGGCUCCGCUGGACGUGAAGGACGUCAAUUCACCGUUGCCAACGUGGGCAAUAACGGCCGGAUAUAUCUGAGACCGACGGUUCGUCCUGCCAACCAGAGAUACCCUCAGCCAAAUUUUGUCUUUCCCAUAACGCCACCUGGGACGGCCGGUCUGGAUGCCUUGACCGAAAAACAGAGGCAAAAAGACGCAAGCGACCUUCACUUGAGCCAAUGGACCGCCACGCCACCAACUCCUGCAACGCCUGCAACGGCUGCCACUCCCCCAACGGCGAGAAACAGUCGCUAUUUUUCUGGCCACGCACCGAGACCCUCUCAACACCGACGUGCUCAUUCCGACUCGACAGCUCAUGACGGCGCCACUACGAGCAGGGACUCCGAAGCUGAAGGCUUCAAAAUUGUCAUCUCCAAGCCAGGCGAUGAACGGCGCGCCAAAACUAUGGAGGAUCUGGAUGCGCCUCACAUCCCCCUCCUAGACAUUGAGAUUCCAAACUGGAAAUUAGGCAACCCACGAUUCACCGCCAGAGGCACUGCCUUCUUCAGAGGAUCGAGUUACGCCCCGACAGAAGAGUUUCCCCGCUCCAGUAACGUUUCUUUCCUCCAUCGGUCUCAGACCGGCGAACUUACUCCAAGAAUACCUGCGUCAAUAGCGUCCAAGAAGCCUAGUCCCAUCUCGAUUCCUCAAAUACGCCUGCCGCCCAUGGAACCCGCGAGACACAAUGGCCCCCUCAGUCCCGCUCCCAUGACAACACCUCGGCUGCCUGCAAUCCGCUCAACCUACAUGUCAACCCAUCUGGUCAUCGAACCAGCCAUGUUCGAUGCCCUCACCUUCAAACCGACAUGCGACGACAGAUCGAUAGUGCGAUACUCUCCGGCUACGGGUGCAGUGACAGCUGCUACCCCGCCUCGUCUCGUGGCCGAGUUCACCUCUCCAAGCUUUCUCGACUAUGAACUCAUCUCCGACUUCUUCCUCACGUAUCGAUCCUUCCUCGAGGCGGGUGAUCUGCUGAAGAUGGUAAUGGCGCGCCUGCGAUGGGCUUUGGGCCGAAACGAUGAGAUUGGCAUGGUGGUACGAGUGCGAACUUUCGUCGCCAUGCGUCAUUGGAUCCUCAACUACUUCAUGGACGAUUUCGUCAUCGAAUACGGCCUUCGCGUAUCGUUUUGUAACCUCUUGAACGACAUGGUAGACGAGCUAUCAACAGACCCUCGUGGUCGCAAGGUUCAACUCAAGAUCUUGGCUGAGCUGAAGAAAUGUUGGCGGCGAGUGUGUGCUCAGUUUUGGGACGGACCGGAAUUCGACCCUUCUCUUGGCGCCAACGUGCCGAUAGCUCCUGGCGGGAUUGCAGGUCACAGAAACGCCGGUCUAGAUCCUUCUUUCUGGGAGAGAGAGGACGCUGUCCCACAGCUGGAUGGCCUAUUUGUGCCGAUUCCCGAGGAUAAGGAGCAGACAAGCUUCUACGCCGACGUUUCCCGAGCUGGCCAUAUCGCUGACUCCCAACCCAUCAUCGACAGACCUGCUACACCAGAGGGCCGCCAUGUUCAUGAGAUUGACAGGCGGCUGGCGGCUUCACCUACCAGUAUCGCCAGUAUGGACAUCAUCUCCUGCUCCUUCCCGAGUAAGAACUCGAAAGGAACUCAACAUGGCAACAAUUCCACUUUGGGCGCUCACCCAGUGGCACCCGCCAGCUCGGCCUAUUCCACCGCGGGACCAGUGGCAACGACUCCAAGAGCUCUUGUCGGAAAACGUGUACGGGCAGGGCACGGGCACAAGAGAAACGGCAGCCUUACGGACUCGCUCAGAGAACGAGAGCAUAGCACCGAAAAAUCGGGUCUACCGGACACCGACUUCCUCAUGUCACUGCCUUUCGCUGGCAGCCUGGUUCGAGGAAACCUGAUGCCUCCAGGUCAGCCGUACGUUGAAGUCAUGUCGCCUAGCCUCGCCGGUGAUUUCCAGCGCCAUACUACGGUCUUUCAAGUGCCAGGAGAGCAGCGUAGCGCAUCAGCCAUGUCUGGCCAGGGCAUGAAGAAGUUGAUCGGCAGUGUCCGACGCGCGCUGAGCACCCGAGGACAGGGCGUUUCUCCCACCCAGGGUAACUUCAUCAACAUCUCUCCCAUAGGCCCGCGCGGGGCUACGACCAACCGAUUGCCGGGAACCGCCAUAGUCCCCCAGGCUAGGCGGCAACAGAACGGAAUUCGGCCUCCUGUGCGUAUAGAUCUUCUCGGCGCGGAGGUUGUGGAGGACUUCAAGAAGGCUGUUCGAGAAGACGCAGCCGCUGAGGCCGCGGACGAGGCCGCAAGACGCGGACAUCUAGAUCCCACCGCUGCCGCUCUACAUAGGGCAGUAUCCGAACAAGAUUUCGACUAUUCGGCUGUUCCUAAAGUUUCAUCUUUCGGCAGCAUCCCGGAGGAUGACGUACUGAGGCCGCUUAGCGACAUGGCCAUCACUACCGGCAGCAAGUCUAUCGUCAUCGUAGAUGACACAAUCCAAUUUUCUCUGCCAGCAAUGCAUGGAGCGUUGCCCGCGACUGAGUCUGUGGAGGCUUUUGCUGACACCUUUCUGCCAGGCGGUGCGGAUCCAACGCCGCCAAACACACCACCAGGCCAUGCAAUGGGCACACCUCGACGGUCGUCUUACUUGCUUAACCAACAUGUUGUCAGACCGUCCAUCUCGGUAGACCCACUGCCUCCCUUUGUGCCUGACUUGACAACUCUAGGCAACAAUCAAAGCACUCGCCCUUCCAUGGAUACCGAUCGUCCUUUGUCGGAGUUCAUCGCGCCUUCUUCCAGCCGUCCUACUUUGUUAAGGUCAACGAAAAAGCACAUUCGGCAAAAGUCAAGUAGGACAAAUAGAUCCCUCGACUCAGCCGUCGUCCACCGGCGCACUACCUCGUUUGGAAGUACCUUCAAUCCGCGCUCAACAGUCAAGAGCUUCGACGCGACCACGUACACUGAAGGCUCCGUCGCUGACGAGGAUGAGCCGAGCCCCGUGCCUCAGCCACUCCGGAUUUUGAGAAGACGACCAGGCGGAGACCUGCGCGCAUUCAACAACGGGGGUGACGGAGAUGCCUUGCCCUUGCGUAAGUCGCGGUCGGCAGGCUCCCUCACAACCUACUCUGAAUCCAUGCGAAGCUCCUAUUUGCAGAGCCCCAAGCAUGAUUCUAGUGCGUUCGUUGAUGUCGUGUCGAGCGAGUUCUCCCACCGAGGAGACGCCGAUAAUUUUUCCCUGGGCGCAAUGGCUGAGCCAUCGGCAAAAAGACAACUCUCGCUCUUCAGUACUCACUCGUCUAAGCCCAUCAUGCGUCCUUCAUUUGAAGCUGAGGCGCAGAAGCUCGCCCAAAUUCCCGACGAUGAAGACGAUGGUGGCGUAGAAUCAGCCUUGGCCAAGUUGGAAGGCAAGUAUGAGAAGAAAUCUUUCAAAUUGUCCAUGGAGCCCACAAAUGCUCCUCUCCAAGGUGUCGAUACUGUGAUGGAUCUUAAAGGUGAACCCGCUGAGGCGCAAAAGCAAGAAAAGAAAGGACAUCGUCACUUGCAUGUUCUUCCUGUGGACGCCGCCGCCGUGGCCCAACAAGAAGAGGGAUCAGAGCCCCGCUCCAGCUUUCUCGACGUUCCCAAUGGACCUCGAACCGAUGCGAGUUCUUUCCUAUCAGACAACUCGGCAGGCUCGUAUUGCUCCAUUCCUCUUCUUGAAAGAGGUUUGGCAGACGAUGGCCAGAGCAAGGCAUCCGCGCGGGAAUGGACCAACAUGUCUGUUCUUCAAGACCCCGAGGAAGAAAUUUCACCAGCAGUGACUCCUCGCCCAAUGUUCGAGGGAUCAUCUCACACAUCUUCGUACGAGUUCGUCCGAAAGACGGAGAGCCUGGAAAAGAUCAAGUCGGGCGAUUCCCCGCCUAGCGAGCAGUCAUUCUUGGACGACGAUAGUGAUGGAGAAGACUUUGGUUCUGACCUUUCGUCCGAGCUGUCAGCCGAGAUCGUCGAGCCCGAAGAGUUUGCCAUGAAUCAAACACAACCUCUUCCGGACCGCAACGCUCACCGCAGUGCAUCCAUUCUGGAGUUCGAUCCUCGACCCUUGAGAGAGUCGGCCAUGGGUCCUUCAGACAGCCGAGAACCUCCGUCGCCACCAAUGACGCUUGUCCAAGCCCUCCAGAUGUCACCUGAGGCCGUCCUGGUUCCCGAGCUUCACGAACAUCAGGUGUAUCAGCAAAAGCCCCUACCGCCGACUCCCGACACCACUCCGGGGGCGAAUCAGCCCAACUCGCCACUUGAUCCUACCGGCACCAGAGAAGCACUGCGCGGGCAGCCAAAGUACACUGAACGCGAAAGAGAAUCGUCCUUGAGAUUCUCUGUCCACCUACCGUUCACGCUUGCAUUCGACUCGGAGAUUCUAGCUCAACAGUUCACGCUGAUCGAAAAGGAUGCUCUUAAUGAGAUUGACUGGAAGGAGCUCAUCGAUAUGGGUUGGAAGAAUGCUACCAACAACGACUCUCGGUCCUGGGUUGAUUUCCUUCGCAACACGGAUGCUCAUGGCGUUGAGGUCGUCAUUGCGCGCUUCAACAUCAUGGUGAAGUGGGCAUGCAGCGAGAUCGUGCUGACGCAAAAUAUUGAGGAGAGAGCACGAUGCAUCAUCAAGUAUAUCCACAUUGCUGCUCACUGCCGCCGAUACCGCAACUUUGCGACCAUGAGUCAGAUCGCCAUCGCCCUGACUUCGAUGGAGAUAUCUCGGCUUACAAACACCUGGGCCAUGGUACCGCCUUACGAUAUGCAGACUCUGCGGGAGUUGGAAACUCUCAUCUCCCCUACCCGCAACUUUUACAACUUGCGUGCCGAGAUGGAAGUUGGCUCUGACACAGGCUGCAUUCCAUUCGUAGGCAUCUACACCCACGACCUUCUCUUCAACGCUCAAAGACCCUCGGAGAUUGCUAGCUCCCCAACCACUGCACCGCUGGUUAACUUUGAGAGGUGUAGGUACGCCGCGACCAUUGUCAAGACACUGUUGAGGCUGCUCGAGGCUAGCACACUCUACGAAUUCCAACCGGUUGAGGGCAUCACCGAGAGGUGUCUCUGGAUGAGUGCUCUAAGCGAUGAAGAGAUUCGCAAGCACUCUCAUCGUCUGGAGUAAGCCAGCUAUUGGCAUCCUUCAAGGCGCGUAAUUACAAACAAACAAACCCGGCAAAAGCCAGUACGACUGCUUCGGGUUUGGACCCUCAGACAACACCCCUGCAUUAUACGUGCGCCCUGCACGCGACCUUCGCUCACGCCCCAGUCUCCUUUCUCUCACAUCAUCAUACGUGACGAACGCGUAUCCCGACUACAUCACUCAUUCGAUGCUCAUUUUGGCCAUCGUCAUUUUUCACAUCGCCCUGCUUUGGUUUCAAAGCAGUGGCCAUAUACCCUGUACUGAUAAUUACCAUAUGAUAUCACCAGAACCUUAUUUAAGGCUCAGCAACUGGAGGGGGGAAGGGGGGGAGGAAGAAAGAAUAGGCCAGGGAUGGCCGAGCAUUGCACAUAGAUAGCGAUGGUCUAUACCCCUUACUUUGCGUCAUUUAAGCGAGCGAGCGACCAUAUCAACUAGGACAAGGAGUUGAGGGGGAGGAACAAGGGGAUCUUUUUAACCGGUAGGGAAAGGACAUUUUGAGUGUCCUGGGCUCGAGGUUUUCUCGGGCAACGUUCAAUACCCCUUUUGCAUGUUGGACUCCGGCUCGAGGAGGCGAGCUGAUCAAACAAACAUUCAGAUUCUUCAAAACCUUGUGCACCC